UUGUACCAGCAAUCCAAGGACAUUGUCGUUUCUUACUCCUUUUAUUUUUACAUUUUGGGGCAAAAUUAUGGCUAACAAAAUAAAAAGAAGACCAGAACGUUGGUUCUCAGUAAACGCAAAACAGAGCACAUAGCGUGUAUAAAGCUGUUUUUCGCGUAGGUGAGCUCAGGAACCGUUCCUUCCAGCAGCUCUUCUGUUGAGCACUUGAUCCAUUGGAGGGAGUAGCCCUCGUUCUUGCUCAUUGCUUACACUUGAUUUGCCGUUUUCCCCUUUGACACCUUAAUUAAUCUUUAGAUGUCAGAUAGCUGGAUCUGCCAGCCUAAAUUGCCUCAAAGCAGCAGUAUGUGGUGUCUAAGAGUGGGCUGACGGAGCCCAGGCUGGAGUCUAUAGAGUCUGUGCGUGACGGUGGGGUUGCUCAUAUUUUGUCUGCAUUCACUCCCUGUUACGGUGAGCGCAGUAAUGCCCCAGGGUCCUGGUGAAGACCUGUGAAGCUGUGCGCCAUGCCCAGAGCAGUGUGUGAUGUGCGGAGUGAGCGCUCAGCGUCAGCUGUGACGGCAUUGAGCUUCUGUACAGCAAAUGAGUUGUUUUAUUCUCUUCUGCUUUUCAGUUUCCUCAUCACUUGGUCUUUGCUGUAACAUUUUAUUUUCCUGAUCUGCAGAGACUUUUCUUGGUCUCCUGGUGGUAACAUAAUAGCCUUCUGGGUGCCUGAAGACAAGGAUAUUCCAGCCAGGGUAACCCUGAUGCAGCUGCCUACCAGGCAAGAGAUCCGAGUGAGGAACCUGUUCAAUGUGGUGGAUUGCAAGCUGCAUUGGUAGAAGAAUGGAGACCACUUGUGUGUGAAAGUAGACAGGACUCCGAAAGGCACCCAGGGUGUUGUCACAAAUUUUGAAAUUUUCUGAAUGAGGGAAAAACAGGUACCUGUGGAUGUGGUCGAAGUGAAAGAAACCAUCACAGCCUUUGCCUGGGAACCUAAUGGAAGUAAAUGUGCUGUGUUGCAUGGAGAGGCUCCGCGGAUAUCUGUAUCUUUCUACCAUGUCAAAAACAACAGGAAGAUUGAACUCAUCAAGAUGUUCGACAAGGAGCAAGCAAACACCAUCUUCUGGAGCCCCCAAGGACAGUUUGUGGUAUUGGCGGGCCUGAGGAGUAUGAAUGGUGCCUUAGCAUUUGUGGACACUUCAGACUGCACUGUCAUGAACAUCGCAGAGCACUACAUGGCCUCUGAUGUUGAGUGGGAUCCUACCGGGUGCUAUGUCGUCACCUCUGUGACCUGGUGGAGCCAUAAGGUGGACAACACGUACUGGCUGUGGACUUUCCAGGGACGCCUCCUGCAGAAGAACAACAAGGACUGCUUCUGCCAGCUGCUGUGGCGGCCCCGGCCUCCAACACUCCUGAGCCAGGAGCAGAUCAAGCAAAUUAAAAAGAACCUGAAGAAAUACUCUAAGAUCUUUGAACAGAAGGAUCGUUUGAGCCAGUCCAAAGCCUCAAAGGAAUUGGUGGAGAGAAGGCGCACCAUGAUGGAAGACUUCCGGAAGUACCGGAAGAUGGCCCAGGAGCUGUAUAUGGAGCAGAAAAACGAGCGCCUGGAGCUGCGAGGAGGGGUGGACACUGAUGAGCUGGACAGCAAUGUGGACGACUGGGAAGAGGAGACCAUAGAAUUCUUUGUCACUGAAGAAAUCAUCCCCCUCAGGAAUCAGGAGUGACCGGGGAGCUCUGUGCGCGUGUGGUGUGGAGCGGAGGCCGCCCUGCAGGAAGCCUGCUCGACUCCCACCGCCUCCCCGUGUUCUGGACUGUGACCACGCCUGGGAUUCUGCCAUUGCAACACAUUUUUGUGCCUUUCAGCCCCUGGCGUCUACAGUGGGGGGUUUUAAGGCACCACUUCCACUUCUUUCUUGUUUGGGGUUUUCUGUCGGAACCACCUGCGUUGGCUCCGUAGACUCUAGCAGCGUCACCAGCAGCAUCUUCUUCCGCAGCCAGUGGUGUUUCCACGGUGCCCAUCCACAGCUGAGCGGUGUUUCCGUUGAAGGACUUGUGUCCCUGUCGCGCGUAGUGCUGGACAUGUGCCGGAGAUCCGCCGGGGGGGCACUGCCACGCCUCGUACCCCCACUGUGCAGGUGGUGGCCAGUUUUCUCCACAGGUUGAACGUGGAAAUAAAAGCAAACUUGUAUGAAAAA